AAUUAUGUUUUGCUUUCUCUCUGUUUGCAGGUUUUGACCUAGUCAAGUGUGAAGAUCCGGGAAUACCAUAUUAUGGCUACAAGAUCCGUGAUGAAGGACAUUUUACCGACACAGUCAUUUUAUAUAGCUGUAAUCCUGGCUAUACAAUGCAUGGUAGUAGUAUUAUGACCUGCCUAAGUGGAGAUCGAAGAGUGUGGGACAAACCUUUGCCUACCUGCCUAGCUGAGUGUGGUGGUCGAAUUCAUGCUGCUACUUCUGGUCGCAUAUUGUCACCAGGUUACCCAGCACCAUAUGACAACAAUCUUCACUGCACUUGGAUUAUAGAGGCAGAUUCAGGGAAGACAAUUAGUCUACAUUUUAUUGUUUUUGACACUGAGGUCGCCCAUGACAUCCUGAAGGUGUGGGAUGGUCCUGUUGAAAGCAGUAUUCUUCUGAAAGAAUGGAGUGGUUCAGCCCUUCCUGAGGAUAUCCACAGCACCUUCAACUCACUGACGUUACAGUUCGACAGUGACUUCUUCAUCAGCAAGUCAGGCUUUUCCAUCCAGUUCUCAACAUCAGUUGCAUCAACAUGUAAUGAUCCUGGGACUCCACAGAAUGGUACCAGAUAUGGAGACAGCAGAGAGCCUGGGGAUACCACCACCUUUCAGUGUGACCCUGGGUAUCAGCUCCAAGGACAGGCCAAAAUUACUUGUGUGCAGCUGAAUAACCGAUUCUUUUGGCAACCUGAUCCUCCAACAUGCAUAGCUGCAUGUGGAGGAAACUUGACGGGUCCGGCAGGUGUUAUUUUAUCACCUAACUACCCACAGGCAUAUCCUCCUGGGAAGGAAUGUGACUGGAGAAUAAAAGCAAACCCUGACUUUGUCAUUGCCUUGAUAUUCAAAAGUUUCAGUAUGGAGCCCAGUUAUGAUUUUCUACAUAUUUAUGAAGGGGAAGAUUCUAACAGUCCUCUAAUUGGCAGUUUUCAAGGCUCCCAGGCACCUGAAAGAAUAGAGAGCAGUGCUAAUAGUUUAUUUCUAGCAUUUCGCAGUGAUGCUUCUGUUGGCAUGUCAGGAUUCGCCAUUGAAUACAAAGAAAAACCACGGGAAGCUUGUUUUGACCCUGGAAACAUAAUGAAUGGGACUAGAAUUGGAACAGACUUCAAACUUGGGUCGACCAUUACUUAUCAGUGUGAUUCUGGAUAUAAGAUUAUUGAUCCUUCAACUAUAACAUGUGUGAUUGGUGUUGAUGGAAAACCAUCUUGGAACAGAGUAUUGCCAUCUUGUAAUGCUCCUUGUGGAGGCCAGUAUACUGGAUCAGAUGGUGUGGUUUUAUCACCAAAUUAUCCACAUAAUUAUACUGCUGGGCAGACUUGUCACUAUUCUAUAACGGUACCUAAGGAAUUCGUUGUGUUUGGGCAAUUUGCCUAUUUCCAGACUGCUCUGAAUGAUGUGGCAGAGUUAUUUGAUGGAGAACACCCUCAGGCUAGACUUCUCAGUUCACUUUCUGGAUCUCACUCAGGCGAGACUUUGCCUUUAGCUUCAUCCAAUCAGAUAUUGAUGCGAUUCAGUGCAAAGAGUGGGGCAUCUGCCAGAGGUUUCCAUUUUGUCUACCAAGCUGUUCCACGCACCAGUGAUACACAAUGCAGCUCUAUUCCAGAACCCAGAUAUGGCAGAAGAAUUGGGUCUGAAUUUUCAGCAGGCUCUGUUGUUCGAUUUGAAUGUAGCCCUGGUUAUCUGCUGCAAGGCUCAAAAGCUAUUCAAUGUCAGUCUGUGCCUAAUGCUUUAGCUCAGUGGAAUGAUACUGUACCAAGCUGUAUAGUACCAUGCAAUGGGAAUUUCACUGAACGGAGGGGCACUAUCUUGUCACCUGGUUAUCCAGAACCCUAUGGUAACAGCUUGAAUUGUGUGUGGAAAAUCAUAGUGACUGAGGGAUCGGGUAUUCAGAUCCAGGUCAUAAGUUUUGCCACAGAACAUAACUGGGACUCCCUUGAAAUCUAUGAUGGUGGAGAUAUGACAGCACCGCGACUGGGAAGCUUUUCAGGUACUACUGUGCCAGCCUUGUUGAACAGCACCUCCAAUCAACUUUACCUGCACUUUCACUCUGAUAUUAGUGUGGCAGCAGCUGGUUUUCACCUGGAGUACAAAACUGUAGGCCUAGCUGCUUGUCCAGAACCAAUACUUCCUAGCAAUGGAAUCAAAAUGGGAGAUAGAUAUAUGGUGAAUGAUGUUUUGUCUUUUCAAUGUGAGCCAGGAUACACAUUACAGGGCCGUUCUCAUAUUUCUUGUAUGCCUGGAACAGUUCGUCGUUGGAACUAUCCAUCUCCCCUCUGCAUUGCUAAGUGUGGUGGAACACUGACAAAUAUGGGUGGAGUGAUCCUGAGCCCAGGUUUUCCUGGAAAUUACCCUAGUAACUUAGAUUGCACGUGGAAGAUCUUAUUGCCUGUUGGAUACGGUGCACAUAUUCAAUUUCUGAAUUUCUCUACUGAAGCUAAUCAUGACUUUCUUGAAAUUCAGAAUGGGCCUUACCACACCAGUUCUAUGAUAGGCCAGUUUAGUGGAACGGAACUCCCACCAUCUUUACUAAGUACAACUCAUGAAACACUCAUCCAUUUUUAUAGCGAUCACUCAGAGAAUCGACGAGGAUAUAAGCUUGCAUACCAAGCUUACGAGUUACAAAACUGUCCAGAUCCUCCUCCUUUUUUAAAUGGAUAUAUAGUCAACUUGGAUUACAGCGUCGGCCAAUCAAUAUCAUUUGAGUGCUAUCCUGGGUAUGUUUUAAUAGGUCACGCUGUUCUCACUUGCCAACAUGGGAUCAACAGGAACUGGAACUAUCUUUUCCCAAGAUGUGAAGCUCCGUGUGGCUAUAAUGUAACCUCUCAGAAUGGUACAGUUUAUUCCCCAGGAUUUCCAGAUGAAUAUCCAAAUUCAAAGGACUGUACAUGGCUUAUUUCUGUCCCUCAAGGCCAUGGGGUUUAUAUCAACUUUACCUUACUCCAAACUGAACCAGUGAAUGACUACAUUGCAGUUUGGGAUGGUCCUGAUCAAAAUUCACCUCAGCUGGGUGUUUUCAGUGGGAACACAGCUCUUGAAACAGCUUACAGCUCUACCAAUCAAGUCCUUCUCAAAUUUCACAGUGACUUCUCAACCGGAGGGUUCUUUGUCCUCAAUUUCCAUGCUUAUCAACUAAAGAAAUGCCAGCCUCCACCAGCAGUUCCACAGGCUGACUUACUUACAGAAGAUGAUGAUUUUGAAAUAGGAGAUUUUGCCAAAUACGAGUGUCAUCCUGGUUUCACCCUGGUUGGAAAUGACAUGUUGACUUGCAAGCUGAAUGCACAACUGCAGUUUGAGGGCUCACCUCCAUUUUGUGAAGCACAAUGCCCAGCAAAUGAAAUCCGUACAGACUCAUCUGGAGUGAUCCUCAGUCCAGGUUACCCAGGCAACUACCCCAAUUCUCAGACCUGCUCCUGGACUAUUAAAGUUGAACCAAGCUAUAACAUCUCUAUUUUUGUAGAAAUGUUUCAGAGUGAAAAACAGUUUGAUGAAUUGGAAAUAUUUGACGGUUCUUCUGGGCAAAGCCCUUUGUUGGUUUCUUUAAGUGGAAAUUAUACAGGACAACUAAACUUCACAAGCAGAAAUAAUCAGCUAUAUCUUCGCUGGUCAACUGACCAUGCAACCAAUAAGAAGGGAUUCAAGAUACGUUACUCAGCUCCCUAUUGCAGCUUAAACAAUAUCCCGAAGAAUGGUGGAACUGUCAAUAAAACAGCAGGUUCAACUGGAAGUAAAGUGCACUAUUACUGCAAGCCUGGAUAUAGAAUGAUUGGCCAUAGUAAUGCAACUUGUAGACGUCACCAGAAUGACCUGUAUCAAUGGGAUUCUCCUGCCCCACUUUGCCAUGCUGUGUCGUGUGGUAUUCCAGAAUCUCCAGGAAAUGGUUCAGUUGUAGGUAAUGAGUUCACUUUGGGCAGUAGAGUGAUAUAUGAAUGUAAAGAAGGCUUCAAGCUAGAGACUAGUCAACAAGCAACAGCAGUGUGUCAAGAAGAUGGAUUAUGGAGUAACAAAGGGAGACCACCUGUCUGUAAACCUGCAACUUGCCUCAGCAUUGAGACUCUGCUCUCAGAGCAUGUCAUCUGGAGACUGAUAUCUGGGUCAUUGAAUGAGUAUGGAGGUCAAGUCAUGCUGAGCUGCAGUCCUGGCUAUUAUUUAGGGGGUCAAAGGCUCAUACAGUGCAGAUCUAACGGCACAUGGAGUGGAGGUGAUGAAAGGCAUAGUUGUAAGGUUGUCUCCUGUGGUGGCCUCCCUUCGCCACCAAAUGGUAAUAAGAUUGGAACCGUAACGGUGUAUGGAGCCACUGCAAUCUUCACAUGUAACACAGGGUACACGCUAGUUGGAUCUCAUGUGAGAGAAUGCUUAGCAAAUGGGCUCUGGAGUGGCGCCGAAACCCGAUGCCUGGCUGGGCAUUGUGGUUCUCCAGAUCCAAUUGUAAAUGGCCACAUUAGUGGGGAUGGCUUCAGUUACCGUGACACUGUGGUCUAUCAGUGUAACCCUGGCUUUCGGCUUGUUGGUACAUCUGUCAGGAUUUGCCUGCAAGAUCAUAAGUGGUCUGGACAAACUCCUGUUUGUGUCCCGAUCACAUGUGGACAUCCUGGGAACCCAGCUCAUGGAGUAACUAAUGGAAGCGAGUUCAAUUUGAAUGAUGUUGUAAACUUUACUUGUGGCACUGGGUAUUUACUUCAAGGCGCCACUCGAGCACAGUGCCGGAGCAAUGGACAGUGGAGCAGCCCUUUACCUACUUGCCGAGUGGUGAACUGUUCUGAUCCAGGCUUUGUGGAAAAUGCUAUUCGUCAUGGGCAGCAGAAUUACCCUGAAAGUUUCAAGUAUGAAAUCAGCGUGAUGUACCAUUGUAAGAAGGGAUUUUACAUCUUGGGCUCUUCUACUUUGACCUGUAAGGCUAACGGCUUGUGGGAUAGGUCACUACCAAAAUGUUUGCCCAUUUCUUGUGGACAUCCUGGAGUUCCUGCCAAUGCAGUUCUUUCAGGAGACAAAUUCACAUAUGGAUCUACAGUUCACUAUUCUUGCACAGCAAGUCGAACUCUCAUAGGAAAUUCUACUAGAGUCUGCCAGGAAGAUAGCCGCUGGAGUGGAACUCUCCCUCACUGCUCAGGAAGUAGUCCUGGAUAUUGUGAUGAUCCAGGUGUACCACCUCAUGGGUCAAGACUCGGGGAUGAAUUCAAAAUAAAAAGUCUACUACGUUUCUCCUGUGAAAUGGGUUAUCAGCUGAGAGGAUCUGCAGAACGCACAUGCUUGCUUAAUGGUUCUUGGUCUGGUUUACAGCCUGUUUGUGAUGCUGUAUCUUGUGGAAAUCCUGGCACCCCAGCCAAUGGCAUGGUAAUAUACAGUGAUGGGAUAAUGUUCUCGAGCUCAGUCAUCUAUGCUUGCUGGGAAGGUUACAAGACUUCAGGGCUAACUACUCGACAUUGUACAGCCAAUGGGACAUGGACUGGCACUGCUCCAGACUGCACAGUAAUCAGCUGUGGAGAUCCAGGUGGAAUAGCAAAUGGUAUGCAGUUUGGAACUGAUUUUAUCUUUAAUAAGACAGUCAGCUAUCAGUGCAACCCAGGGUAUUUGAUGGAGCCUGUCAGUUCAUCCACUAUACGUUGUAUGAAAGACAGCACUUGGAACCAGAGUAAACCAGUCUGCAAAGCUAUCACAUGUGGCUCACCUCCUCAAGUGCUCCAUGGAAAAGUGGAAGGAUCAGAUUAUCGUUGGGGGUCCAGUAUAAGUUACAAUUGUGCAGAGGGCUAUCAGUUAUCCAAUGCAGCUAUUCUUUCAUGUGAAGGACGCGGUGUAUGGAGGGGAGAUAUCCCACAAUGUCUGCCUGCAUUUUGUGGAGAUCCUGGUACUCCAGCUGAGGGGCGUCUUAAUGGGAAAAGUUUCACUUACAGAUCUGAAGUAUCCUUUCAGUGCCGACCCCCUUUUAUACUGAUAGGAUCUUCAAGAAGAGUCUGUCAAGCAGAUAGUGUUUGGAGUGGAAUUCAACCAACAUGUAUUGAUCCAGCCCAUAACACUUGCACAGAUCCUGGUACUCCACCUUAUGGAAUACAGAACAAUUCUAGGGGUUAUGAGGUUGGAAGCACAGUCUUUUUCAGAUGUAGGAAGGGUUAUCAUAUUCAAGGCUCUACUACUCGAUCUUGUCUUGCAAACUUAACUUGGAGUGGUAUACAGUCUGAAUGCAUUCCUCAUGCUUGCAGACAGCCAGAGACACCAGCGCAUGUAGAUGUGAAAGCAAUAGAUCUUCCUACUUUAGGUUACACUUUGGUGUAUACCUGUCAGCCAGGAUUUUUUCUUGCUGGUGGAUCAGAGCACCGGACAUGUAAACCAGAUAUGAAAUGGACAGGAAAGCCACCUAUUUGUAAAAGUAAAGGAGUGAGAGAAGUUAAUGAAACAAUAACUAAAACUCCAGUUCCUUCAGAUGUGUUUUUCAUAAAUUCAUUGUGGAAAGGAUUUUAUGAGUAUCUAGGGAAAAGGCAACCUGCUACUCUAACAGUCGACUGGUUCAAUACUACAAGCAGCAAAGUGAAUGCCACAUUCAUUGAAUCGUCCAAUGUACAACUUAAGCUAUCAGGUGUUUACAAGAAAGAAGAGGCUCAUUUGCUUUUAAAAGUCUUUCAAAUUAAAGGCCCUGUGGAAACUUUUGUAAGCAAGUUUGAAAAUGAUAACUGGGCACUAGAUGGCUAUGUGUCAUCAGGGCUUGAAAGAGGUGUGUUUACUUAUCAAGGUGAUAUGCAUGGAAAAGACUUUGGAAAAUUUAUGCUCCAAAGGCAAGGUCCUUUAAGCACAGAUGCAGAUCAUUCAAAUCACUAUUAUGGCACAAACAGCAGUUCUGUUGCAGCAGCCAUCCUGGUACCAUUCUUUGCUCUAAUAUUAUCAGGGUUUGCAUUUUACCUCUACAAACACAGAACAAGACCAAAAGUACAGUACAAUGGAUAUGCUGGUCAUGAAAACAGUAAUGGACAGGCUUCAUUUGAAAAUCCCAUGUAUGACACAAACUUAAAGCCCACAGAGGCAAAGGCUGUGAGGUUUGACACGACUCUAAACACAGUUUGUACAGUGGUAUAGCCUUUAGUGCCCAAUAUGACUGAUUCAUAGCCAUACCUCUGAUGGACAAGCAGUAAUUCCUUUGGUGCCAUAUACCAGUUUUCCUUCUUCUCUUGGCUUUGCUGCUGUAAUCUUUAACAUCUUCUGUUGGCAUACAUGCAGCUAAAUUUUCUGGUAAAACGUGACAGUCUUCUGGGGAUCAGAAAAAUAAUAUUUUUUCGUCUUAAAGGUGGAUUAAAAUGCCUGGCUGCAUCGGCUUCAGAUUAAGGCACACUCUAAGAAAGACUGUCAAGUCAUGCCUAUUUGUUAUAUUUAAUGCCUCAGACUUUCAUAUUUGUAUGUGGCUGGAUGCCUUUCAAUGCAAUCUUCUGGGCACUUGGAUAAAUCCUUUGGGUACUGUGACAAAUGAUAGCACCACAGAUUUUCCCCAAGAAUAGGAACACUCUGAAGAAAAAAGCUUUCUUGAAGGAAAAGACAACCUUUGCCAAGGUUGCACACACCUACAAAUGCUUUACCAUUGAAAUCUCGUUACAAUUAAAGCAACCUACAGAUGUUCAUACAUAGGGCGGUUUGCAAAUUUCCCAGUCACCUGUUGUAUUGCAAAAUGUUAAUGCACAAUUCUUUGCACUAGUGUGUUAUGAAUGACUGAGUAAGAUACUGGUAAAAAAACAUACAGGGUUUAUAUACACAGUCCAUUGUAUAUAAAUAUUCACUCGCUCUUGGUCAAGAAAAACAUUCCAUGGUAAGUUGACUUUGUGUGGUAGGGUAUGACCCCAUACUUUAAAAAAGGUUAAAACA